ACUUCACAGUCCAGCAAGUCCCAGCCGGUUAUCGCUAGCUCGUGGUUCCUAGAGAUGGCGAUUUCUCGAAAACCUAGGGUGGCAGGGGGUAGGGAGGAGGCGGAAGGGGAGUAUGAAGGAGUGGAGUUGCUGUUUCUCUCUCUCUCUUGCCUCCCACCGCCUCCGUGUCGUACGCACCAGGUAGAGGUCCCACCCUGGGGGCGCGUGACCUGCUCGCUCACUCGCUGGCUGUAGCUGCUACCUUUGGUGGGUGACAGACGUAUAAACUCGACGGGUGGCCGCCCCUCGCAGCAGUGCACCCGGACCGUGAGUUCUUCUCUUGCAUGGAGGUUUAAUUCUUGACUUUUCGAUGUGAGAGAGGACAGACGCGCGCGCGGGAUGUAUCCCUGGACCCCGCCCUCGUCCACUGGCGGUUCCAUACCCGCUUCCGCACACCUUCAGCACCACGUGACCAGCCAGUCGUGUCACAUGCAGCUCUUCCCCAGCGACAUCAUUCCAAGUCCCUACAUGUGGACAAAGGAUGAUGUCAGGGCCUGGCUGAAAUUUUGCUCGGACGAAUUCUCCAUCCAGCAUGUACGACCGGAACGAUUCGACAUGAAUGGCAAAGCCCUGUGUCUGUUGAAUCGCAAUGACUUCAUGGAGAGAGACCCUUCGUCAGGGGAUGUCCUAUACAACGCCCUGCAGAGACUUCUUCAAGGCAAAAACGACAUAUCCAGCCUACGGCCGCCAUUUUCUGGCUCAGGCAGUCUCAGUCCUGGCUUUCCGCUGGCCCCGACUCACGGUCUCAAGGGGCAUGUGCCAGUUACGCAGAACGGGAUCAUCUUGUUUACCGGACAAGGGGGUGCGUACGCCAGCGCCGCGGAGAACGUCAGCAGGACUGGAUGCUCCGUGGACCGGGUAGACAACGUGGGCAACACCAUCGUCGGCUCCCCUUACAAGCCCAUCCUGCCCCAGCCAGUGACGGGUGUGACAUCACACAUGGCGCAGUCGUCCCCCAGCCUGUCCUUGUCGCUGGUGUCCAGCAAACCUGCAGAAGUGCCAGGUAAAUGCGUCCUGAGCCCUGCUCCCACUACAGACCCCGAGAGUGGAUCUUCCGAUGCGGAUUCGUGCACAACGAAACUGCGACCUUUGACACCGGCCCUCACGACCCGCGGUUCAGCAUGGUCAACCACGACCCUCUGCACGGGCUGGACCAGACCAGCAUGCACGGCGAUAACAGCUGCCACAAUGAUGACGACGUCAGCUUUGGAGGAGAAGGAGGUAAGGCCCACGACUACUGACUCAGACUGCCGGCUGCUGUGGGAGUUCAUCUACCAGCUGCUGCAGGACCGCAACAGCCGCGAGUACGUGUGUUGGGAGGGCAGCAACAUGGACCUGGUCUUCCGCAUCGUCAACCCCACUGGUCUGGCGGAGCUGUGGGGGCAACAGAAGAACCGCUCCAACAUGACCUACGAGAAACUGUCCCGAGCCCUGCGCUAUUAUUACAAGAUGAACAUCAUCAAGAAAGUGCCCGGCAAACGACUCACAUACAAGUUUCUUCAGCACCCGACAAAAAUCCAGAAAGGACAACGAGGGGCUAAACCUCACUGUCUACGAAACCUGCCCACGGCCCCACUCAGACCGGUGCCCAACUCCUCCCCAGCAGGGACGCAGCAGCAACCACAGCAGCAGCAGCAGCAGCAGCUCAGAGCAUCACCUGUGUUGCCGGCUCACGUGCGGUCUCCUGCGGACUCGCUUCCGCCAUCGCUGUCUCCCGCAGUCAUUCUGAACGAGGACCUGCCGCGGGCCAGCUCCAGUCCACUUCCGGGGUCACCAGGUCGCCGCAGCGCCCCCACCUCGUACUCUUUUCCGCCCACGCCCGUGCACAUGCCUCCUCUGGCCGCCGGCGAGGGAGGGACGGGAGGAGGAGUGGGUGCCAGCGUGUGCUCCACCCUCAAGGAUCACAUCCUGCGGCAGCUGCAGACCAAGCCCGAGCCAUGCACGAGGGAUUCGACCCUGACGAAGCUCACUGCCACGGCCAGCCCGUACGACCGCCGCAAGCCUCCGCAUCUCGUGGCCAGCCUCAGGCGACAUCUUGUGUCCGGCGAACCCCUGGCUCCAGACGAUUUCGAGUAUGGAGAGACCGGGUACCAGAAAAUGGAAUACCAGGAAGAACCUGAAGAUCUUUCUAUGAAGCCAGCUCUUCCCUCUUCCGCCACCUCAUCGUCAUCGUCUCAGUCUUCUUCAUCGCCGUCUUCAUCACCAUCUGCUUCUCUCGUGUGCCCUGCGUCCUAUUUUCCCUCAGUGUUAACUGUGUCGCGCCCGUCAUCACCUCUUAAUAAAGACGAGCGGAAAGAGGAGGCGGACGAUGACAAGAAACUGGCAGUGAUGAAAACAAACGGUGGGAUCGCGACCCCCCAAAACUGCUCAGACGGUCGGGGAUUCCCAGUCUUUCCUGAGUUAACCCUCAGGACCGACACCUUGUCGAUCGUGAAGACAGAGCCACUGCCUUUGUCUGCCUCGUAGUACACCAAGCAUCAGUCAUGCUUCUGUAUCCGAGCUUUUCAGCAACUCUUUCCAUUCUGGACAACUUGGUUGUAUCGGACAUGUUCUCAUAGCAACAACACCUCAACCCCGCAUCGAAUAGGCAGAAUGUUGAGAAUGGCAACCCUAAAAAUGAUAUUUUUGUAGCUAUUUUUGGAAAGGAAAAGACCCGAUAUGCACUACCCAACGUUGUUUAGUCAUAAACGCGAUUUGACCGAGUGUAAACCUGUGUUUACCAAGUACAAAUGCCAAGAACGGUUAACCCUGGGUGGCCCUCGCGUAAAGCCUUCUCACCUUCCAUGUCCUUGUUGCGGAGGCAACUGUAGCCUUGGAGACCACCCCGGUACUGGGACUGAAUUUUCUUGACACUAAAUAAACAACAGACAAGAAACAGCAACCAGAGGGUCUCCCACACAGGCCAGCCAGGUGUAUCACUGUAUAGAAUUUUGUGUCCACGGAGACGAAUGGUGUGAGGCAGAAUGUUUCCAAGGGAAACAACAAAAAAAACUAUUUACUCCUGCACGUCCGCAGGUGACUUCGGAACAUAUGACAAAAAAAGUAUGUCAGACUGAAAAAGGAGAGAGUGUUCGCCCGAUGACAAUCUCUUAAAACCACCACUACACCACAACCACCACCACCACUAAACUCGACGACCGCCGAUGAGACAGUUCCCCCUGUUUACGGCGAAGUGCCUGACUUUGCUUUAAUCUUGUUAGUUUCUAUUUGAAAUUUUAACUUAUUUUCGUCGUGGACGGGGCGAACUUGUGACUUUGUGUGAUUUGAAUCGCUUGCUGCCACACGUACCUGCCACUGUUUUCCGUUUCCAAUACGAAUGUUUGUCUACCCGUAUCUUGACAAGAAAUGCCUUGGCUCUGCUAUGUACCCGCAGAACACAUUCCCUACACGAUCUCAUUCCAUGCCGUCUGCUCAAAGCUCUCAACUACCACUCUCCUUGUUUGAUACUCCCAGUCAUUUUUUUAAACCCAAACAGAAAAAACAGGGUGUGUGACUGCAUUGGCUACAACAAUUUGCAUAUAAUGUGCACAUUUGAAACCGGAUAAUUAUUUAGUUUUUUCCCCCAUUGUAUCUGAUGUUCCUACCAGGCACGUUUAUUUUUCAAAUGAUAGAACGAAGUCUUUAAAAUGUGGCAGGUAUAAGCGAGCUAAUAUUAUUCAUGUUAAUAUUAUUCGUGUUCAACAGAAUAUUUUACAUUUUGGGAGGAUGGUGCAACAAUUUUGACCACGGUGAAAACGGAGGGUCACUUCAAUAAAGAAGAAAAUAUACAAACCCGCGCAUCAGUGAUAAGAGUCGUGAUAUUUUUGUUUAUGUUCACCAGUCAGUAACAAGUUGGCAAAAGACUUUGACAUUUUAUGAAUACUUAAAACAAAAAAACAAAGACCAUAAUGUUUAGAGUGGCCACCUACAUCUCACGAGAACAGAUGUUUUACACUCCAACAGAAGAGUCAUCCUUUUAUGGCAGUGUUAAAUACUGCUAGUAGACUGAUAAUAAAUAAUUUGGAUAAACAAUUAAAUCUUUCUCUGUUCAAAAGCAAAAAAACCCAAAUUGGAUCUCACUCUGGAUGUUUGUCCUCCCGGUCAAUGUAUAGCCUAAUAAUAACUCUAGAGUUGAACGCGGGCUCUCUGAAGCUAAGUAGUGUCAAUAAGCCUUCACUUUGCUGUAGUGUAAGGAAGCGGCAUCAGUGUACAGUGUACACUAAUCUGUACAAUGACAAGGGAACACAACUGCGUCCUGUAACGACAACCCAUGUGUUGCUGCCUGAUGACUUGCUGGAACUGAUAGUGUGAGUCUUGCCUCACCUGAGUGACUGCACCUAGCGCACAUUGGUUGUUAUUCAAGAUGUUUGAUACUCACAACUGAAGGCACUGCCGCUUGAGGCCCAGCCUGUCUUGAUCGCUCACAAAGAUUAUAUGCCAUGGUGCUUUCAAAGAAAGUAUACCCUAACAGUGCUUAUCUAUAAUGGCCUUUUCAGAAUUUUUAAGUUGCUGUUUUCUUUUUUGAGUUAUAUAAGUAUGAGGUUCUUUCAUCUCUGGUUGACUAUUGUAACAUUUAAUUCCGCUUGCUGUUGCGUGCCACACUUUGUGAAUUGUGACUUUUUUUUUUUUCAAAGUAUGAUCCACUUUGGGAACCAUGACCUUUGACUGGGAAGGCUAUGCUAUCUCGGGUUCACCCAGAACCAAAGAAACAUCAGCCAGCACUUCUAAAAUGUUAUUGAAAUCUGUUUUGAAACGAGACUACCCCCUAAUGCUCUCUUUUUUUUUUCAUUUUAUAUAGUAUUAAUUUUAGUCCGGUCAUUAAUGCCUUCCCUAAAGCAAAAGAACAUUUUAUGUUAAUAAAUCCUACGAAAAAAAUUUGUUAUACAUAUGUAUAAAAUGCUUUGGUUCAGCUGGUUGAACUUUGAGCUUCUUUUCCCCAAUAUAUACAGGAAGUGUCGGCUGUGCUGGUGUUGAUGAGGCGUGGCACAACGAACAGAAAUUACAAAAAUAUUUGUUGAAUAUUGGAAUUGCAUAUCAUAAGAUUUGUCAUCCACGUGUUGAAUCCAGUGAGGCACAUCCGCUUUCUGUUGAAUUUUUAUUUUGAAAUGUUACUCCAUCUCAGCCGUGACAUAGUUGUAUUUUUCUGUGUAUGGGCGUCUCAUCAUUGUUAUACAUAAAUGUGAUGUUUCAUCUGUCGUUGUGUACCUGAUAAUGAACGUUUUUAUACUUACGCAAACCACAUUACCAUCUUGUACAUGGAACUAAGAGAAUGCUACCCCCUCUUGUAACAGAAUUGUCUUUCUCAUGUUAUUUGAAUGUUUUUUGGUGGGCGUACGUAAUAACAAGUAUGGUGAUAACUCGCAUGUAUCUUCAUAACCUCAUGUGUCCGAAUUGACCAGAUUUGCAGACAAGCCGGUCACACUCUCUCCGCCUAAAAAUGAGGAGGUGUUGUCACAAGCUACCUGCUUGUGCUCAUAAUAUUCUUUGGCUGGUAGACUAGAUAAUGUACACUUUAAAAUAAAAAUCACAUUCUUCGAGGAGGUCCUGUGUGUGUUAAGUUUGCCAUUUGUUUCUGUUGUCCCCUGCAAGUGACUUCUCCUGCAUUCCUUCGCCUUUCUCCCGACAGUUACUUCCAUUCCUUGAUUUGGGUUUGUAACGUGUCUUGAGGCAGUGUUCCACUGGUGAUGAAAAUGUAAAUAAUGUGAUUUUUAAGUACAACAAGAAAUAGACGCAUAUUUGUAUAUCUUAUCCAGUUCUCAUUCCGUUAUUGUUGUCCGUAGAUCACAAUCUUUCCAAUUUUUGUGAUAUGCUUAACUUUUUUUCGUUAAGCGCUUUGUUGGAGGCCUUUUGAUAUAGACUUAUCGUUUCGAAGUGCUAGCUGCUGUCUUCUUCUUAUACAGUUCUUUUCCAAAUGACCUUCACAAGAGAUGGUCGCAUUUUUAAGCCACGUACUAUAUAUCCUGACAGUCUGGUUGUGGUGUUUCCAUUUUUGUGGUGCCUUGCUUGCUUUGUCAGUUCUGUUGUUAGCAGAAACGCCAUCUGCGUGGGAGACAGGAGUUUUAUCCUCCCUGACACAGUUAUCCCCAGCCAACUUACACCUUACCAAUGUUACUGAUCCUGAUGUUUGGGAGUGUGUCCGUGCGUGUAUGCUUGCACAUGGGUAAUGACUGGCUUGAGUUUUGUGCCUUCAAAUCUGUGCCAGUGUGACUGUGUUACAGAUAUGAAAAUUGAGCAUCUGACAGUGGCAUAGGAACCAGGUUGGGGGAGGGGAGGACUGCUGCCCCCUUAAAAAAGAUACCGAGGAGACAAGAAUGUGAACAUCGUUCACUGUCAGCAUGAAGUUUGCCUGCCCCCUCCCCACACACACAAAGCCGAGCAUCUUCCUAUGACACUGUCUGAGGAACGAGUUCUUUGGAAACAUGAAACAAUUUUUUUUUAAUUAUUGUAAUUGUCAUUUCAAGAUUUACAUUUAUACAGUGCUUGUAAUUUUUUUUUUUUUCGUCUUCACUAAGCUGCCGAACAAAGUUCAAAUGAAGUCCUAUGACCUUGAUAUUUCAAGAAAAUGGAAAUCAAAAAUAUUCUAAAUAACUCAUUUGAGCUUGAACUUUAUCACAGUUUUAAGUUCAUGAUUAUCUGUAAAUGAAAGAUUUUAUUAUGGAAAAUUAUAGAUUUUAGCUGUAAUGUAAGAAUGGCAAGUCUGAAAGCAUGUGAGAUUAUUGGAGAGCAAAAGACAAGUAUUUACAACAGCAGAUGUCAGAGUUUCUGGCAGAGAGGGAGGGAACAGUGUGUGUGUGUCUGUGUGUUUUGGGUUGCCUGAACACAGAAUACUAGGUGGUCAUUAACCAUUUUAGUUUUCCACUCUCUACCCAAAUUUUUAAGCUGUUAUCCAGAUUUUGAGAUUUCCAGCUGAUUUAGCAAAAGUCAUUUUCUGUUGACUCCAUUGAUGCGCAUACAGCCUCCAUCUAUACUGUUAUAAUUCUAUUAAACGUGCCUGAAGCUGAAAAG